AUGUCCUUGGGCAUUGAACUUAGUGGGGUCAGUCGAGGCAUUUCGAAUUUGUUUGCUGGAGUCAACAAACAAAUUCGAGGCAUCGACAAACAAAUUCGAAAUGCCUCAACUGACCCCACUAACCUGGAGAAAGACAUAGGCUCAACAGAAGGACAAAAACCUCUGGCUCUAAUGGAGAACAUUUUGGGUUUGCUCAGAAUUAACGUCAAACGUGGUAUAAAUCUUGCUGUUCGUGAUGUUCGUAGCAGUGAUCCUUAUGUUGUUGUCAGAAUGGGCAAACAGAAAUUGAAAACUCGUGUGAUCAAGAAAAGUGUUAAUCCAUACUGGAAUGAAGAUCUAACUCUUUCUGUUACAGAUCCUAAUCUUCCAGUCAAGCUGACUGUCUAUGACCGUGACUUAUUAAGCAAGGACGAUAAAAUGGGAGAGGCAGAGUUUGAUAUUAAACCAUUGAUAGAGACCUUGAAGAUGAACUUGGCAGGGCUAGCAAGUGGCACCCUCAUCACAAGAGUAAAACCGAGCAGGCAGAAUUGUUUAUCUGAUGAUAGCUGCAUUUUUUAUAGUGAUGGCAGCGUUGUUCAAGAUCUCUACGUCAGAUUGCAGAAUGUGGAAUGUGGAGAAUUGGAAAUCCGACUCCAAUGGAUUGAUCUCCCUAGCUCCAGCAGCUUAUAUUAA